GUGUGUUGAGAGAGAGGGAGAGAAAGAAAGAGAGAGAGAGCGCGCGAGGUUUCCUCGUCACGUGCUAGACACGUUCACGCUAAAGAGAGGGGAGGGAGAGCUGAGGGCGGCAGUUCGGACCCGCUAACCUCUGGCACUGCCCAGGAGAUAUAAAAUAUUCUGCCCGUGUCGCCAACCAGCUAUGCGACUGGCCUCAGUCAACAACGACACAACCUGAACGUGCGCGAGUGGCAAGACCCAGCCCAGCCCCCUUCAUCCUCCUAGCCCGACACAGUGGCCUCUCCCUGCUCCCAUCUCAUACGGGGCCUUUGGUAGCAAUUGCCGCUACGCAACUACCGGUUUAUGACAGCAUUGACAACAGGAAGUGGUUGUCUGUGUUCUGUUUUACUUUCCGAAGGAGACGUUUGUCCCCCUUCCCGAGGGACUUACUUGACUGCUCGGCCGCCCCAAGACGAGUCAUUCACGCGUGACUGUGUCUUCUCACUGGAGUGUUUCGUGGCGUAGAACUUCCAAUGUUUCUCUCUCGACCGAAGCUGAGAUGUUAUGAAAAAUUCUAACUGGAUCCGUGCUGUUUGUGAUGUGACUUUUACUUCGAAACUGACUCUCGGGGGUAGAGAUAAAUUUAGCCCAUACUCCAUGUGUUUUGGUUUUGUUGAGCCACUCACCAUCCAACCAUAGACAUCCACAACUUCUCAUAGUUUAUCGGGAUUUUCUUCCUGCGGUGCUGUGCUUCGAAAUUAUUGAUCUUAAUUUAUUUUUCGGUACUGGAAGACGAGAACUAAUCGGUUUGCAUCUUAUGACUAUUCGGUCAACUCUUCUGAAAUGUGCUUGAAAAAAACUUUGAAAUAUUUCUCACUUGCUUGCAAAGUCUGACUGCUGGGGGUUGCUAACAAGAAUAAGACAUUCGUGAUGCUGGCAACCCUUUUGUUUGCCGAAUCAGACAAUUGAGAGUGAACGUGGCCAGCCAAGCGAGACCACACUUCUUAACGAGCUCAUUGUUAGCGUGUUAGCGAGGGUACAUCAGGACACAGCAUCCGCGAGCUGUGGCACCCGGAACCCUCGUGCAAACUCCACCCGAGACCCGAACCCUCGAUUCCAUUUUUCUUCUGCCUUGAAAGCGUUCAGCUGACCGAAUCCCAUGACAAUCACCGCCUCCUUCCAGGUGUCCUCGCCACCACCACCUCCGCCGCCACCUCUACGACAGCCCCCAGCCCACUUACAUCAGCAUCACCCUCCGCCUCCUCCGCUCCACACCUCGAGCAUGGAGUCGGGUAGCUUGAUCCACCCGGCCAGCUUGCCUUUCUACCCGACCAUCACUUCCUCGGCGCCCAUUCUGCCAGCGUCGCCGGGUGUACAGGACUCGGUGGCGGCGAGGUCGGCCCUGGCCGUGUCGGGCCAGAACGGGUGGGGAAACUAUGGCAGCGAGUCCCUGGUACCCCAGCACUCGUGUUCCAUGUCUUCCUACUCCAACCUGCAGCUGGGGGCGUCGUUCUCCGCCAUGAACAGCAAGGCAGCCGCAGCUGCCGCCUACAACUCCUUUGCACCAGGGGGAGAUUACUUCAACAACUGCCGGCAGAUCAGCCAACUGGGCAGCACCCUGAACUCCAUGAGCCGGUACCACCCGAGUCUUUAUGGCGACAUGUACCAGACGACUGCAGGUCACCCACCUACAUACUCCAACGGCCCCUUCUACCCGGAUAUGACACCCGGGUUGCAUCCAUUGACGGGGCGAGAGCUCAGUUGCUCCAGCAACCCUUCUGACUCCUCGUCACAAGAGACCAAGGGAAGGAAGAAACGGAAGCCAUAUACCCGGUACCAGACGAUGGUUCUGGAAAACGAGUUUCUCAACUCCUCGUACAUAACGAGGCAAAAGCGUUGGGAGAUCUCCUGCAAAUUACAACUAACGGAGAGACAAGUCAAGGUCUGGUUCCAGAACAGGCGUAUGAAGCGCAAGAAGCUGACAGAACGUGCCAAGACGAGGAUUCGGGACGACCAGGAAAACAAAGACCUGGACGGGGGGCCCCCAGGCCAGCCAGCCCCCCAUCUCCAGCAGCAGCAGCAACAACAGCACCCGUCACAUCACCAGCAAAGUCAUCACCACCACAGUCACCCUUCCCACGUGCAGCCCAAGCAAGAACCACAGGUUGCCCAGGCGUGAAGUGACUCCAAGGGUUAGCGUUCUUCACGGACGACCUCGUAGGCUUAGUCUUCUUCGACGCCGGCUGUUGUUUCAGUCCCGGAUGUAGUCCUUAGGACCCUCCUCGCCACCGUCGCCAGUUCUCUGACGGUGUUGUAGACCGUGACUGCUCGCAACUUUCCCACGCGAACGCCAGAAAAGAAGAAGAAAAACAGAAUGUUAGAAGACAAUUUAUUUCCAUGUCGUAGACCUCUGGAAUAUUUCUUUCCACUUCCAUCAGAAGAGGAAAUGUCGCAAUAAAGAGGCAGUCAAAAGAGGUCCUUUGAUGUUUAACCAACCGAUACAAAUUUAUAUAUAAAAAACUGGUUGUAAGCUGCAAGCGGCUGCGCAUCUUGAUGCCACAAACUGAGCUGACUAUUCCUGGCUUGCAGACCUUGCAAGAACAUGCUUGGUGAGUGACAGUGAGGUGAGAUGGAGAACCAUGUGCUGACAGGCCCCACCUCCCUUCUUGGCACUAACAUCCAGACAGUGUGCGGUGCGCUCCCUAUUGAAGAUCCAAAAAGGACAGCUUGUAGUCUGGUCAUGGGUCAUGGGUCAUGAUUUUAGCCCUCCAAGCUGUACUUUCUUGUCGGUGGUCGUUGUUGUGAAAUGUCACUUAGAGAUGUCCAAGUGUACAAAUGUAGUGAAAUAUCAAUCCAUGUGGCUCUCUUAAAUAAAGCAUCAACCCACGCCCCCCAAGACUCCCAUUUGCCCUUUCAGUAACAAAACAAGUGUCAUAUUUAAACGCAGGUGGUACCGAACUGUUGCGGAGUUACCCGGAUGAUACAAUAAAUUCUUGGAGGACAGAAGACGUCCGUUGGACUCAUCUUCCGCGCACCUCAGGUCUCAAACGGUCGUCUUCAGGGUGUCUUGCAGUAGUGCGUUGUGCUUGGUAUGGACUGUUGGUGUGGCACUUGAGUUUUCAUGGACAAUGUUUUAUUUUGUAUCUUGUACUUUGAUAGUGGGGCAACCUCUGCUGUGUGGCAGAGAAGACUUUGGCAGUUGGGAAAUGCACACGGCUGCUUUCUUGGCAAUUCAUCUGUGGUUGUUUACAUUUUCAUCAUGCAUUAGAUCUUCACCUACCCCUUGUUUUCAGACAGAUGUACCCGUCGCAGCGCGGGUAUCCAGCGCUGCAAGUGUUUCAGAUCAUAGAAUAGACAAAACCACGGUGACCAGAAUCUGUGUAGGGUAACAUUGAAGUCGCCCAAAGAAGGAUAAAAGGCAGAAUAAUAUAUCUUGAGUUGGUCGUUUUCAACAUCUUGUUUUGGCAUGUAGCACCACUGUUCCUGCAUUCUGAUGCCACUUUUGAUAUAAAAAAAGACACCGGAUGUUAUUAUAUCCAAUUUCGCAGCAUGCACUUUGUUGCGAAUGCAAAAAUUUAUUUUAAGUAAAAUAAACAAUAAAAUAAAUUUUAUUAAUUUAUAUAUGUUGUGAAAUGAAACAUUUGUUUACAAGAUGUGUGUUAGGAAUUAUGAUGAGAAGUCUUUAAGGAAUAUUCAUGAAGUGAAUCAGUCAUGUAAUAAUAAAUAAUGUCAUUGGCUUCUUUUCACUCUAUGCUUGUGCUUUUGUUUCAAACAGGAGACUACCCCUCCCCCUCCCCCAUCUUUCACCGAUAUUUAGUUUCGAAAAAACAAGCCAGAGAGUCUGUUCCACGAAUGUCAGAAAUUAAGUACUUAAAAGUGGUUUAAUCCGAUCUUUAGUGGUGUUCAGGUCCUUGUCUAACUCUCAAACCUGUAGUUAAAAGCUCUGGGACUUGUGAUACAAUAAGUUGUUUUUAAAAGAAAGAAAUAGCAAAAUUCAGCUUAAAGACAGACAAAGCAAUACCUUUGCAUGCUAACAGUGAAAGUAUGGAAGCACAGCUGGCAUCAUAAACUAACUUCUCAGGACCUCUCACAUAUCACACAAAACAUCGGUGAAGAAUUUCCAAAGAAAACAUAUAACUGUCGCCCUUGUCUUUUAAAGGAAAUGAGCAUUAUAGACCUGUUGACAAACCUUGUAACAUUUGUCUCUGUGUAAUCUAAGCUUUAAAAUUGCUUUUUUUUCAAUUGUUGAGUUGAAUUGGGGAUGAUGAACACCGUAGUUGUUAACUUGCUCUCAUCUGGAAAGUUGUGUACUUUAAUAGAUAUGCGAUUAAUCAUGGAAUAGAAUUUUUCAUCAUCAUCAUCAUCAUCUCCUUCUUCUUCAUCAUCAUCAUCAGCAGCAGCAGCAGCAGCAGCAUCAUCUCUUUCUUCAUCAUCAUCAGUAGCAGCGGUAGUAUCGUCACUAUACUGUAUUUAAGUAAGGACAAGGAAUAGUGUGUCUUGUCUCUGGUUCUACUACAGAUCCUUUGCCUACUACCUUCUACUACCUACCUUCUACCUGAGAUUUUAAACGACUAUCAUAAGAACGCCCAUGUCUCUGGAAACUCAUCCUUCCUAGCAUCACAUGAAACCUGUCAUCUACCAGACUUGCAUUCUCUUGUUAAAAGUUUUAUUUUCGAGGAGUUCAACAAAAUUAGAAACUGCUGAGGAACAGUUCUAACCCUUGACCUUUCUUUAGUGACAGUUGGCAAACAGAACUAGGAUAUUUAGAAAAGAAAAAGAAACAAACAAGUAAUAAAUCUCGAAUAAACAAAAAUAUUGAAUACUUCAAACUAUUGCUUUAGAUGGCAUGUAACAGGAAGAAAGAAUACAAUUUAUUUAUGAAAAUAAAUAUAGGGAAUAUGAUUUAACGUUUAUCUCGCAUAGAAUAUUGUUCCUUUGUUUGAAAAAAAAGUGGCCAAGCUCAAAAAGAAAGCAGACUAACUUCACUAUCAACUAUGCUUUUAUUUUUAUUCAUUUAUUUACUUAAAUUUUUUUAGGUGAAGGGUGGAAACUACAAACUCCAACGACCAAUUCAUAUAUUCUGUUGCUUGUGGUAUUAGCAUCUUCACAAAGUAAUGUCUUCGUUUGGUGGAUUGGAUUCCAAUUAACCUUUUCGUCAGCUUUAUGAACAGUCGGAUGUAUACUGAGAUAAUAAUGCAAAAUAUACUAUUUUCGUUCGUAAUAUAUUGUCUGUUCAGUAAGCAAUAGCGAGACAUUUUUUGUCAAGAAGAUAGUAUGCAGGGUUCUUUGUCUGCAUAGAAUAUUAAGAACCAACGGGAAACAUCGAACUUAAAGAUGCACGUAAACGCGAUCAUAAUAUAAUUUUGUUCUUUUUUUUUUUUUUCAUGAGUAGGUGGGGAAAAUCGCAGGUAGACAGUCCCUCCCCUCACUUACCCUGCUACGGUUAUUUCAAUUUAUUAGGUUGUCGCCAUAAACGAUCCACCCACCCGUCACCCCUAACAGUUCGUUUCCAGCCCGUAGAAACCGUCGGUCUGCUAUUUGUUUGUUUAGGGUUAUUUUUGUUUGUUUGUUUACCUUUAUAGAUAUCUCUGGAAAGAUUAUUUUUAAUUAUCGAUAGGAUGGGUAGGACUACUACAGAAGUCGUCAAUAUUUUAGCUUUGCUUGCACCAAGUCCUUCUAUUCCAGCUUUGAUGAUUUAGUCUAUAACAUUUCAUUUUCACAGAUUGCAGUUUCUAUUCUUAUUGUCAUAAAGGCCUGGUCACCUUUUCAUGUUCACCUUUCAUCAUCCUCUCUUUUCCUCACUCAUUCGCUCCCCCUAUUCAAAUCAGGCUGUUGAAGUCGUUGAAUGUGUCAGAUGAUCUCAGCCAAUACGCUUGUGUAAUUAUUUGGCCAAAACCAUCAUGAGACAGAACAUAUCCAUGCAUCUCAUUUUUGUCUAGUUUACCCUGUUCUCAGAGUAGGUAACUGCUGCACUGAGUGGCUGUGAAGUCAACAUUUUUCACCGAGAAGUUGUGAGAAGACAAGAAAAUAUUCUAUUCAUCAUUGCCAUAGUUAUCAUCUCCCGCUUCACCCUACUGCCAUAUAUUUUCCAGAAGUCAGUGAUAAAACUUGCAGAUGCUGUAUUGGUAUAUGAAAUGUUGGAUAUUGUAGUUGGAAUUUCUGAAAGACAGGCGUAUGAAGUCUUAGAUAAAGUGUGUUGAAUGGACACUCUUUAUUUCAUUAACAAGGAUACAGUUCGUGUCCAAACUGUUUUUGUUUUCUUUUUCGCGUUGUUUGCUUACAUGUGAAUGUGUUAGCGGAAUGACAGUUCGUGGUCAUUGCUUGCCAGGAUGUUGCUUAGCUUAACCAGAAGUUAGCUGACUUUCCCAACUUUAUUUAGCAUUUUGUUUAGUAAUUUUCCAUGUAAGUGAUCUUAAGUUGUCCUCAUGAGAAGGGUGGGACAAGGAGCUAUUGUAAACACAUAAUUAAGUUAAAUGAAAGAAUUACAAUAGGCAGUCGAGAACAGACCUUUUUCCUUUAUUCAUAUAAAUGGCUUUUUGUUGCAUAUCUUUCAGAUGUGCAGCAGCAUCACACUUGUAAAGAAACAAUUGUAUAUACAUGUCUACUAGGCGUGUCGGUUGUAGUAUGCAUGUGAUUGCAGGUUUGUGCGCGUGUUUGAAAGCGGAUUUGAAAGCGUGUGUGCAUGCAACUGUGUCUCUGUUAUUACAAAUGUAUCAAGAGUUUUAAUGGCCAGAUCUUUAACAUAUCCUUAAUUGCGGGAAUAUAUCUGGGGCUUGAUUGAUAAUUAUCCAUAUGAAGUCCAGAGUAGGAUUUUACUGACCGCUUGACAAGUUAGAAAUAUAAUGAGAUCGAAGAAAACCUUUAGGUCUGGCAUGCUGUGUCCAUGCCAGGAAGCAAGAUUUGAAAGACCAUCAACACUGGCGGAAACAAAGUUUAUACCUCUGUCUGUGUAUAUAACAUUUGUAUAACUAGGAAAGUAUUUUAUUAGGACAGAUUAUUUUAACAACGCUUAUCCCCGCCGUCUCAUUAAGUACUUCACUCCAAUUUUAAUCAUAUUUUAAGGCGAAUUUUUGUUUAUUUAAUUUAUUUCUUCAAUAUUUUGACACGGCCGUGAUUAUUAUUAUUUUUUAAAGUGUCAUGUGGGUUGUUCGGAAGGACCGGAAGUGCUGUUGUUUUAGGCAGAUUUGUCGUGACGUGUAUCCACUCAGCCAAUCAGUGGACAGAAUAUGAUUGUACAUAUGAUGCUGCAGUGUCAGAUGAAUACCACUUCACCCCACCCUUUGUUAUGUACCGUAAUUACGAUGUUGAUGUCAUGUCGAGCUGUUUCAUCUUGAUGUGCAACUUUUAUUUCAAACAAAAAGCGUAAAAUGUGAAAGAAAUAAAUGUGUUCUCGCAAAACCGC